AUGAUUAUGGAUGAUGAGGUAGAUAAGAUGGAGGAAGUGAUGUUGCCAGGGUUUAGGUUUCACCCAACAGAUGAGGAGCUUGUGAGGUUUUAUCUGAAAAGAAAGAUUCAGCAUCGACCUCUCUGCAUUGAACUUAUAAAGCAACUCGACAUCUACAAGUAUGAUCCGUGGGAUCUUCCAAAGAUGACGGGUACAGGAGAAAAAGAGUGGUAUUUCUACUGCCCGAGGGACCGAAAAUACAGAAACAGCGCGCGGCCUAAUAGGGUGACGGGAGGCGGGUUUUGGAAAGCAACAGGCACUGAUAGGCCUAUUUACUGUUCACAAGGGAAGUGCAUUGGGUUGAAGAAGUCGCUUGUUUUCUACAAAGGAAGAGCUACCAAAGGGAUGAAAACCGACUGGAUGAUGCAUGAGUUUCGUUUACCUUCCUCGGCCAACACCUUUCUCCACAAACCUAUUCCUCCCAAUGAAUCAUGGGCGAUAUGCAGAAUAUUCAAGAAAACAAACUCCACAACACAAAGGCCUCAUUCUCAUUCACAUUCACAACAAAAUCCUCAAUUCUCUCAGCAUCUCACUCCACACUUCUCAAACUACCAUAACAAUCAUGAUUUGUCAGCAUCUUUAAAUCAUCCUAACGGAGACGUAAACUGCAAUAUCAGUUUCUUUUCAGCGUUUGAACCAUUAGCUCCUACACUUGAUGUUUCUUCUUUGCUCGGUAAGGUGAAUAAGAGCAUACACUUGGGCGUCGGAGAUCAUUGCAAUGCUUUCUCAUCAUCAACUUGUUUACCCCAAGUCAGUAAUGGAGUUGAGAGUCUGUCGUUCAAGAAUUAUGUGAUGAACACCGACGAUGAUCAAUCCACACUAUUUCCCUUCAGCUUCAGCGAUGUUUGGAACCAAAACUUGCUCUGGGAUACUUCCUCAUAUUCUACUCAUCAAAUAUCUACCCUCGCUAACUGCUAUACUUUACCCAAUUAG